AUGUCCAAGAAUCUUGUGCCGCCGCUCGCCGCUCUCACCAGUGUCUUCACUCCGCCGUGCUCGACAACAUGGCUGCUGACCACUACGAGAGUGCCAUCCCAAUGCCCCCCGUUCCCUACCAAUGGCCCUUCUGCUUGCGAUCCGCCAUCGUGGGACAGGUACCUUGCCAGCUGCGGGUUCGAGUACUACUCACCAGCUAUCUGUCCGAGCGGGUUCAGCAUCGGGCCUUCGUGUGAGAUCACCAACCCGCGGACGGCCCAGGAUUUCCCGGCCAUUGAGGCCGGCGAGACAGCGGCGUACUGUGUGCCUAGCGGUCACACUUGUACGAGCGACACGUCUGACUUUCGAGGUGGAGUGUGGGGAGUCUUGCGUACGGCUUCGGCCAACGGCGCUGCGGCGACUGUCGGACCGGCCAUUCAGAUUCGUUGGCGGGAGGAAGACUUGUCGUUACUCGAGACCGAUCCGCUGACGCCUGGACUGUCGACACCCGAGACUACGACCACCGUGAUACAAGUGCCUUCUUUAUCCCUUUCUCACGCAACGACCACCGCUACCUCCGUUUCCGAGACUCUAAUUCUAUCCUUGAUGGCAGAGGACACGUCUCACCCGUCAAUAGAACCCCAGAUUCCGUCCUCCACGUUCUCUGCGUCCACCCCUGCAAUCUCAACGUCAGUCACGACAUCUGCCGCGAGAAAGGACCCAACGAUUACCACCACCUCGCUCGGUCAGCCCAGUACCCUGGCUUCAUCAGCUGUUGGAUCCACCAGUGAGGAAAACGAGCGCGCCGGCGUCUCUAGCUUCAGUUUAGCAGCUGUCGUCCUGACGGGUAUCCUAAUUGCGAUAAUCCAGGGGUAUGCCAUCUUCAUGUUCAUCAGGCGUUACCGUCAGUACCGUGCUGGCAAGGUAGACAGCUUGUUCCCCCUCGAGGUUGGCGUAUGGCUGCGUCAGUGUGUCGGACGGGGUCGUCAAAGAAACGCCAAACACCCGGAGGAAGAGAGUCCCAGGCCAAAGAACCCGGACGCCGAGCUGGGCAUAGAUGGCCCGCUUCCAGAGCUCGGCCCCGGGGAUGUUCUAGGGACGGAUUCGAAUCCAGCUGAGCUCGGCAGCAAUCCUGAAAGAUGGAGCUGGAUGCCCCGAGUGUCGAAGAUGUUGACUGUCCGGUUAGGGAGAGACUCACUAGGGCCCUGA